UUCAGAAGAAGAACAACAGGGUCGCCAUUUUCCCAAAGUCUUUGACAGCUACCGCCAUUGGCGUCAUAAACUAUAGCUGACCGAACUAUAUGGCUAGCCGAUAAAAGCGAUGUAUAAUUUUCUACCGGAGCAUACACGACAAUGAGAAGGAGCAGAAUGCCAGAAGAUACUAAACUUGGAAUGCACCCUUAUUCUGCAGAGGCAUGUCAAAUUCCUCAGCUUCCUCAUCUCUCUAUCGACACCAUGACACUGAGCCAGUUGCGCGACCUCAUUCCCUACCUAUUGACUUUGGUCCGUGGUAAGACAGCAGACUUGGCUGGAAAGGAUGCAAAGCCAGACUGGUGGCCUACUGACAUACCAUGGAGUGACACCAAGACUGAUGUUACUCAGCAGGAAACUGUCUGGACAGAUAUGCUGCGGAAUGUGGUAAAAAGUUGUUACAAACACAUGGGCCAGGAAAGCUCACUGCGCUCGAAAGCUCAUGCCAAAACUCGCAGCUCGCAAAAUUACUCUGUGCUUCAAACGUACCUUCAGCAUGCAUCCAGAGUAAAAGCAGGGAAAGGAAAGAAGUAUAAUGCCAAACCGUAUGCAGAGAUCUAUGUCUGCUUUUUUUGUGAAAAAGAGUUCAUGGAUCGCAGUGAGAUGCGGCAACAUCAGGAGAAAUGUGUUGAGCGUCCUCCUACUCUUCAGAUUGUUGGCACGCCUCCACGUCAAACCCUAUCCUCACGAGGCCCACCACCAAUCAGUCCAUCCCCCAAAAUGUUGUUUUCUGAAAAAAAUAUUCGGCCAUCAAAGGAUUUGUUUAUCAGACUGGUUAACCUGGUUCCUCAGAAAAAAGCUGAUAAGAUUCGUGCAAAACACAGAUAUAGUCAAGAGAUAGACUGUGAGAAAAUAGAUCUUGAUGAGCCAAUGUCACCAACUACACCACGCACUCCUAAGUCUCUCAUCUCACAACUCAGUCGAGACGACAGUGCAGCAACAUCAAAAAAGCGUUUGAGCUACUCAGAACCUGUGGAUAGUGAUCGCGAAAGUGUUGCAAGUGGGAGUUGUGAGGAGGGGGAGGGAGGUACAGUGCAGAAGGGGAAGUCACUUCUAUCCAUUGAUCUGUCUUCGCUUCUGGGCCAGAGGAUACAGAAACAUAUACACACAGAAAGUGGACUGCUUGUAAUACCAAAUGCAGAACAAUUCUGUAAAACACCAGUUAAAAAUGACACCCUUGGUAAACUGAGACACAGAGUUGUGACAUUUCCAGUGACGUAUAAAGCAAGGAAGAAAAAUGUGGCUAAUUAUGCACAUGAGUACACAUUCAAUAGUAGACAGAAGAGAGAACAUUUCAGACGAGUGAGAACUGGAUUAAACAUAUCCAGUUACAAGCUGCUAAAAAGUCUACCACAGUGUAUGGUGUCUAUGAAUCAGCUGAAUGACAGAGAACUACGACGAUGGUUAUCACGGUUCAUAUACAACAAGCUAAAAGGCAUCAAAACUGCAGUAGUUCAGGAGGAGGCAGUGUUUCCCAAGGAGCCUCUUCUCAUGUCCAAGGAUAUAGACAACCUACUGGGGCUAAAGAGAAGAUCUGGCAGUAACAGCAAUCCACCAUUGUCUCUUGCUAAUGUUGUGUCUGAACAAGUUAACGCCGAGGCUUCCAAACAGAAACUCACCUUGUACAGGUGUCUGCUGUCCGAUGUUUCAUCUUACAGUGUUUUGUAUGGUGACAAGGACUUUGCUGCCAAAUCAGCUACUGAGAAAGGUCGGCAGUCUUCACAGAGUUCCAAGACCAAUAAGGGCUUUGUGUUGCCAGGGAAUCCACCCUUCAGCAGUGUUCUAGAUCUGCCUGUCUACCCAAAGUCACGGUCAGAUGAUGACAUCUCAGUUUUAUCCAUGUCGUCUGAUGAAGAGUCGCUGAAGUCAGGGUGUUGUAUGGAAUGCAGGAGGAGAAAGCUAGGCCAGCCAACUCCUGAUCAAGUGUUUCGGUCGCCAUCUGUGUCUCCCAUGUCUUCACCCAUUACUGACAGUAAGGCUAAACUUGUAAAGAAUGUGACAUUGCCCGUCAACAUGCCACUACAAAUUAAUCCCUACGCAUCCUCAUCCAUGGUGAAGUCACCAGAUGUCUCGCCUUGCAGCUGUCUCUCUUCUCCUGGUUCUGACUAUGACCACAAAAUCUAUCCCUCUCCAACCUCCUCAACCAAGAGCAGUAGUGGGUUGUCAACAAUUUCACAGAAACUAAAUGUGAAAGGAUUUCCCUCCCCAAAGAAAUGUCCAUCUAUUGGACUUGGAAAUCAGGCAGAGGUUCGUCGUACACGAUCAACAUCAACACUUACAGACAAUGUGUAUAAAAUAGAAAGCUUGCUGACUGCCAGUAAAACUGAGGAGUCGGCAUCGCUCAGGUCUUUACAUAACAGCAAGUCAACUUCCCCAGCACAGGACAUUGUUCUGCCCCUCUCACCUUCCUCCUGCCCAUCUCCAGGCAGCUCUAAUGAUGGCGCCGUCUCUCCUGUAAGAGACAUGCCACCAAGUGUUGAAAGCUUGUCUGCACAGCGACGCAUUCUCAGGGCCUCCCGUUCUGAGUCACCUGGUGUUUCUAUCCACACACAAAGUGAAUCACCUAAGAAAUCACUAGGUCUGCCAACACUGAGAGUUCUUCUGAAAAGCUCUGGUGCGAACGCUAAAAAAGAUUUAAUUCUUAGUCUCUCCAACUUGAGUCCUCAUUCAUCCAGUCCUUCUAAGUCUGUGGAACCAACACGGCGGUCCAAGAGGAUCCUGUCCUCUGGGUCUCCGGGGGGCAGUCCAGCCAAGCUUCGCAAGCUGGAAACAAGAUAGUAAUUUCUGGUCAAUUCCAUGACAACCAACUGGUCAUUCAUAUUGAUCUCUAUAGUGCCUGGUAACAGAUAACCAUGUUUUAUUUUAGUAUUGGUUUUGAUCAGACUGCCAGACUUGUCAUUGUCAAAUGCAUUUAGUGACAUAAAGCAUCAUUGCCUUGAUAUAGAUUACAAUGUAUCAUGUUCUGACAGUAAAUAUGUUUAUAACUGGUAAUUUCAUUAAAUAUGGUAAAAAAAAGUUCCUAAUAAAAAUUUGUGAAAUUGUGAAUUUCAGUGUGAAAUGACAUUCCUGAAAUAUAUUGAGGUUUAAUGUUCACUGGUCCUGUAUGAUAACAAGUCUGGAAGUGCUGGUGGAUUUUAAUUAUAUAAUCAUGUCAGGUGGUGUCUAAUACAUUUUCCAGAUCUGUAUUUAUGUUUUAUUGUUUUAAUGAUUGUCAGUGUUUGAAUUAAUAGUUUCUGGGAGAAAUUUAAAGGAGUUUAAUAUAUAUUUUAUGUAAUAUGCUUUCAAAUUAUUUUUCCUAAGCUGCUGGAGUUAAAGACACAAACUUUCAUACCAGUAUUUUGUGUUUUUACACAUCUGAUAGGUAGUAUUUGCUGUACAAGUGUACAACAUACAAUCAGGAAUUGAAAAUAGGAGCUAUAUCCAUCAGAAGGCAAUGUUGCUUUUUAACAGAAUUUUUAAUGUUCUGACCAGUAUAUUAUGAUACAUGCACAGUAUUUUAUCUAGCUGACCAAACUUGCUAUUAAAAAAGUCAUUAGAAAAUUAGUUUAGUAGAAAAAAAGAAAUACAUUAAAAAGUAAUGCUUAAUGUAUCCUUACAAGGAUGUUAAAUAUAUUUUUUAUGCAUCUGGCAGACGAGAUACAUGGAUUAUUUGAUUCAUACAUUGUAGUAUAACAUGCAUCAUCCAUCAAACAAUGCCAUCAUCCAUCGUUAAAAUCUAUCCAUUUAAACAAAAUUUCAAUUAAGGUAGUGCAUGUUGAUAACUUGAUAAUUCAUUCCCACAUUUAAGCUUUAGUGAGAGGUUGGUGGCCAUACAAUGGUAGCUUGUGAUUGGACUUUGUGAGUGGCCACUGUUUUAUAAAGGUUGUAAAUACUGUAUAUAUAAGAUGUUUUAGUGCUACACUUGGUGCUUUAUCCAUAGGAUGUCAUACAAAUGUUCGUGUGUAUGUGUGCGUGUGUGUUUUAAUUAUUGCAUGUAACAAAUGUGAUAACUACUUGUAUGAUAAUAACUUGCUCUUCAAAACAAAUCUAAUUUCCUUUCAAAAUAUUGUAAUAAAUCAAUAAGAUUUAGUGGAAAUUGGGCAACAGGCUAUACAUAUACUGUGAUCUGGGUAUAUAAAGUGAUACAAAGACGUGAUAACUGUGGUAAAUUGUCCCUUCAAUAUAAACCAAUCAUUUAUUAAAUAGAUGAUACAGUCCUGAAUGUAGUAUCAAUAUAUCAGAUUCUAUACUGUCUGUCCAUCUUCUCCACUGAAGAUCUAUAGUACUGGUGAUAUACGUACUACAUAUAUGUGGCUUUAUUGUUGUCCUGGUAAUAGUUUUAAAGUCAUGAUUUUGUCGAAACAUUUUACUCUAUAAUAGAAUAGGUGUUAUUAUCCCUUCAGGACUUUCUCUUUACUUUUAGUUGAUAUUAAUUUUAAGACUACUGACGUGCAGUUCAAUGGAAUAGGAGCCUUACACAUGCAUGUCUCACUUGUUUUUUUAUAGAAAGAAACAGACAAAUCAAAUCAAUAUAUCUUGCCAGAAUUGUUUUCAUGCACUGUGAUAUACAUCUCAAGUAAAUCUUGAUAUUUCAAAAAUCCUUUAUAAAUUGAAAAAUCAAUAAUCGAGUUUAUAGCUUGUCAAAUGAAGUUCAGUUCAAGCUAAAUAAUAUCAGAAUAAAGUGUAUAAUUUCUGGAAAAGCUAUGGAAGCAGAUGCUACAUUUUACGAUUAUUGGCAAAUUGAUGGUACUGUCAAAAAUAUUUGAAUAGCCAAAUUUCUGCAUAUUCAUUGCCUCCCAAUUACAAGGAAUGAGAGAGCUGCCAAACUGUAUUCUGUAUCUGAACUUGUUAUUACUGGUUAACAUAUUUUCUGAUGUUGAUUUCUUCAUUAAGUUGUGGCCUGAUUGUUGAUUGUUGCUGGCUGCCCUAAUUGUUCUAGAUUAGCUAUAUAUACAUAUGAUACAAAUUAUAUCUGUGAUGAUUCUACAUAGAUUUGAACUCAAAUCAGAACAAUGACCUAUUUUGGUAAUAUUUUUGAAGGGAUUUGUUGGUUAUUAGAUAAAUUGCAGGUUUGCUUUUGAUGUUAUUUUUUCUUGCAAAUGAGAUGUGAGACUUAGACCAUACUAUGGAAAAAAUUAAUGUUUGUUUAAUUACGAUACUGAUUCUAUGAUUGUUACACUGAUUAACUAUCUGGUAUGAAGUCUGUUAGCCAGUCUUCAGUAGAAAUAUAGAAAUUGAUUAAUCAGCAUAAUAUAAGUUUGUGCCAAAAAUGAUUAGUGUUUAGUGAAAGUUUUUUUUUGAAAAUGCUCACUAUACAAUUGAUGUAUUUGUUUGACAAGAAAGUAUUCAUAUAGACAAAAAUUCUAUUUACUUUAAAAUCUGUAUUAAUAAUCCUAGAUAAAGGAAGUUGUGCCAGAGACAAAUAUUCUGGAUCCAAUAAUAUUGGAGUCCCGCAGCUAUAACAUGAAAUCUGAUGAGUAUUCACACGUGUAUUAGGAUUCAUGCCAGUAUUAGAUAAUGAUAAAAUAUUCAAAUGAAAAGAUUUGUUCUAUUUCAUGAAAUUGCAAAUCUUGGUUGAGAUAAUGCACUUAUUGGAAACUGUGAAAUGUUAUGAAAUAUGAAGAAAACUUCAAUAGAUUGUUAAUAAUUGAAUACAUAUCUAGGGGAUAUUUCUAGUUAAAUUAAAUAGAAUGCUUUGGUAGUAUGUGUAGUCCCUUUCCUCUACAUAGAUAGAUACACAAAAAUCACUUAAGAUUAAGUGAUUGUUAAUUGGUUUUCAGAUGUAGUUAAUAAUCCCAAAAACAAUCUGAAGUGUUUGGAAAUGAGAAAUGGGGAUGUUUGUCAGAAUGGUAGGUUUGUGUAGAUGCUGAUGUGUUGAAUUUUGAUUUGUUGUUUAACUUUCUUUAAUUUCUGGAAAGACUAGCUUUAUAGAAAAAUAUGCUGUUUAAGUCGCCCAAAAUCAUCAUUUUGUUUAAAGAGAAAAUUGAGAUGGAAUGUUAUCGAGAGUUGUGUACGAGAAUUUUUUUGAAGUGAGAAACUGCAUAUGGUUAUGUUAUGGAGUUUCCGCGAGUAUUGUUAGAUAUGUAUUGUUAUGUUCUAGCUACUGAGCUUCGUUUGUUAUGAAUGAAAAUCAUUAUCCGUCACAAAAUAUAGCAUGUUACUCUUUGUUAUUUCUGAGACGAUGGCCACACAGAAUUUGUGGUGGUCAGGCUUAUACUGUGUCCUGCCAUUGUAAGUCAUUAUUCCUUUCAAUGUCAGUACUAUUAGCUUAUCUCUCCUUUAGGAAUAUGCAAGUUACACUUCAAUAAGGAAACAGGUUUAUAGUUUUUACUACAUAAACGGUAAAAAGAGUAGCAUGAAAGAUAACAAAGGGCAAUUUAGAAGUACCUAGUAUCAAAAUAAUUAAUAAGUAAAUGUAGGUACAUGAAAGAAUUUCCCAGCACAGGUGUGUGUGUUACCAGCAUGUAUGUUAAAUAAGAUUUCAUAUUGAGGGUUGUUGAAUUGGAUCUCUUGUUAUAAACUUUGCGUAGAUCUGAACUCAUUUCCUACUUUAUUUUACACUCUUUGCAACUGGUUUAGUUGCACAGUUAUAUGUGUUCAUUUUGAGUUUUAUUCUUGGUUCUUGAAUUGAACAAAAAUGUGUUAAUCUUGUAUGUAUCAUACAGUAUUGGUUUAUAUAAUGAUUUGGUCAAACUGUGAUGGUUUCGGAGUCAACUCUGUAGGUCUUGUCAACUCAAGUGUUUGUAGUAAAACUGAGCUGGGUCAGUCACUUUGUAGUCCAAUUUAGGCCGAGUUUGAGCUUAAUAAUUGUCCCAUUCAGGAGAAAAUGAGGUGUACCAGUUUUAGUUCUUGUUUCUGUAUCUUGAUGAAACUGGAAUUACAUGCGAUUUUAAAAAUUGCAGCGUGCUCCAUCAUCAGCAGAAGUUUGUUUAUAUUGUGAACUUGUAUCACCCAAGGAGGAUGUGCUGGGCAGGUCUCAUUUAUCAAGUUCCAAACAGUUGGUCUUGUCUGACCAAAAUUAUUCAUUUAUUACGUGGUCUUAAUUUAGUUUUUUGCAAACUUUGGCAAAUACUUUAUUAAUAUCUACAUAUCCAUCAAGAUUUGUGCAUUAAAUAAUACAGAAGAUAAAAACCAGCCUUUGUACAUAAACGAUUCUCCCUGUGCACUGCGUUUAGGUCACUGCAGGUGUCACAUAUAGAUGGAAGGUCAAGAAAUUGUUAGCCAAUAUAUACCUGUAUACUGUCACAGGAUGAACUCUCCUUACCCUAUUUUGUAGUGGAAACUUGAGCUUGGAGUCAGGUUAAGGUAGACCCAGAUUGGUUUGAUAUUACGAUUAAAUAUAUCGAUGAGACAGCAUAGAGGAUACAGUAAUUUCAAAUUUUGGAGUCAAAAGAGGGAGAAAGAUGGUUAGUGUUGGCUUGGUUAUCAUUCAGGCAGCUAAGUUGGUUAGAGGGUUCACUCAUUUUACUGGCCUUUGUAUUUGUCUGCUCUUGUUAUAGUCAAAUCAACAUUAUCACAUGGAAAAUCAACAUUAUCACAUGGAAAAUCAACAUUAUCACAUGGAAAAUCAACAUUAUCACAUAGAAAUACAGAGUAAGAAAUGAUAAGUCUGACAGAUGAAUUGUCCUAGUUGGUAGUUCACUGCUGUAUAAUGUAAAUUGUUUACUUGAGGAAUAUGUUUGAUCAGUUACAUGAUUGACAUUUAUCAUUAUAUUAUCACCAUGACAUCAGGGGUUUCUCUAUAUUAAUAGUUUUUAUGUACAUUGCAUAUACCGGUAAGAACUAUGUAUCUUUGUCUCGUUCACUGUUAAUCACAAGCUGUUUAUAUUUGUCUCAUAUAUGGAAACUUGUAGAACACUCAUUUCUGUCAAGUUAUGGCCAUGGAAGCCAAGUACAUUAAACAUAAUUCAGUUUACUUAGUAUUCUCUCUGUUCGUAAGGAAGUCAUGUCCUUGUCUUCACAGCUCAGGUUAUGUGUACUCUAAAGCCAAAUUUCCAAGGAGUCGACCAUGCUAAAUAAAAUUCAAGAGGUAAAAUUGUUCUAAACCCAAACUGUUUGUGAAUUUCAGAGAAGAAAUAUCAAAAUUGACAAUACAUGUGUAGUUUUAACUUCGAUCUACCAGGGUAUUUACUAAAGUAAGUAAGCUGUGGUUAGUGGAUACAAGUUGUCUUUUUUCUACACCAAAGAAAGCUGAAGCUGUGGUUUUGAGUUGGACAGUGUUAAUGAAGAGUGAAAGAUUAUGUAAUACAGUAUGAAGUGUGUGCCUUCAAUAUAUUGGAAGGUAAUGCAGGUGAUGUGAGCUUGGUCCCCAUCUGUGGGGGCCAUAAUGGAUUUGGACACAUUUGCUGUGCCACUGGUGUGAUUGGGGGCCGGCCUCUCCCUGUUCUGGGCUAUUCUGCCACUGUGUUCAAUAAUACCUGUGAUGUUUAAAGUAUACCAGCCAAAUCAGCCAAGUGUCCCUCACAGAUGUACAUAUCUUAUAUCAUUUCCCACCUGUGUCAUAUUUGUUGCACAUACAUUGAUCAAAUAAACAUGAAUAACAUGUA